AUGACAGAUUUAAUUUGCGUUCAGUCCGCUUGUGGGAAGCCAGCAGAAUUCGAGUGCAAUUGUUUAGUCAUAAAAACAUUUUGAUGUAAUUCUCAUCUUGUGACUCACCUAUGCUCAUCAAGUAUUGGGCAUACUCUCAAGAUGAUUACUAUCUCCCUCCAUAAUUAAUCAAAAACUAUCUUAAAUCUCUUCCGCCUUUAGGAUGCUGCCUCAAUAAUUUCUGAUAUAAUCUAAUUUAUUCUGUCUUAUUAAUGAGAAUAGUUCGAAGUCUCUCCAAUGUUAAAAACUCUAUUUGAAUUAGUAAUUUUAGAAUAAUAAACUUGAUCAUAUCUUGCCUUGCAAUUGGUAAGGAGUAAAAAUCCAAACAUCAGUACUGAAACAACCUCUGAUCAUCCUAAUGAGCAUGAUUUGUCCUAUCCUUUUGAUUGCCCUAAUAUGAAUCCUCAUAUCCCGUCUAAUCUAAAUUCUUGUAAGCCUCUUUUUGAGACUUAUUUCAAGCGUCCUUCUGAGCCCCUUGUUGUUGAUUAUACUGAGUAUAUUGACCAAUUCUAUAAAUAUCCUUUCAAAGAAGAUCAUAAAGAGCCAAAUCCAACUGUUGAAUUAACUCUUGAUCUGAUCUACGAACAUAUAUCUGCAAUUAUAAAUAUCAAAAACAAAUUUCCAAAAAUAUACUUAUCUCUUUAUAUUGGAAAUUAUUCAAAUUUUUAAUAAAAUUUCUUUAUAUAAUUAAUAGUUGCUACUUGAGAAAAUGAUUAAAUUUAGACAGCUUGCAUUUUUUAACAUAAAAUUGUAGAAAUUCGAAAUGAUUUUUAAAAUCAAAAAAACCCUUUAAGAUGAACAAAACAUUGUAGCUUAAAGAGGGUUAGAAUCAAGCUACUGCUCAAUUGUGCUGAAAGAUAGCCUAAAAUCAAUAGAGCAAUAUUAUGAAAUUCUUGACGAAGUUAAGGAUGAUGUAGAAUCUGCUGUAUGAAAUAGUGAUUCUCCAUAAAUAAAGUGGCAUUCGGUUCGAGCGAAAUUGACUCUGCCAAUUUUCUCUCCCUCAAGCAAUUUUAUUUAUGGGGUUGGGUUUUUUUCUCGAGAACUUUUGCACAGCAAUAACUGUUUAACUUUGAGGAUGCCAUAGAAACAGCUCCUCAGUGCAUUUAAGAGGCUCAGAGUUUUAUCUCUCAGCACAUCCCCACGGGAGUAUGACCAUUAGGCAAAACACGCGCAGGAGCUGAGCCAACGGAAGGUAACAACAACGCGCCGGAUGAGAUGUGCGGUUACUGGAGGCGAAGGUCGAUAGAAAGCUUGGCCGGUGGGCAGGCCACCGCGAUUCCAAGAUGACUCCGUGACGUCACUAGUUUAGCUAAAUCCCUUUUAUUUAGGGCACUAGACACCUUAAACACCGACUGAUAAGAUAAGAUAAAAUAAAAUAAAAUAAGAAGAAAUAGCGAUUCUCCUUUUUCAUUAAUAGAUAUCAUAAAUAUUGCAGAACAUAUACAAAUUGAAAUAGAAUUUCUGGAAAAAGUAAAUGAAAUUUUACUAUUGGAAAACCAUGUUAAGAGCUACUGGCUUGCGAAUAUUUUAGAAAUUCCAGAAAAGAUUGAUAAGCUUAAAUCUGAAUUCAUUGGUAAGGCAGAGAAUAUAAAACAAUGAUGCUAUCAGUACAAAAAUAAAAAGCAGUCAUCUAAAUCUAUAGAUGAUAAAAAAAUUAACAGUGUUAUCGAUAUACUGAACUUAAUUUUUGAAUUAAUCAAUCACAGAUUCGAAUUCAAGUAUUUAUUCCAAAUAAAAUCGAACAAACUGUUAACAUAUGGCAUAGAAGCUAGAAAAUGGGUAAAUAUUCCUUUGCCUUUUGAUCAAUAUAAUAUUAUAAUUAAAUAUGUGUUCGAAGGAAGUCGGCGGAGCCGACUGCGAAGUGCUUUGACGCCAUAUUUAAUUAUAUCCGGCAAGGUUUUACCAACCCAAAAUGGACGGUAAUGCUAGGUAAGCAACUCUGGUAUUGUGUAAAAGCCUAGCCCUCAGUCUAUUUUCAGGAUUGGGUUUUACUUUGAAGGGAAGGUGAAGUACAGGUUUGGAAAGGGCAAGCCCAGCAAGGUCUACAGGUAUAAUCUAAAACAAUCGGGAUACUGUCUAGCGUGAAAUUGGGAGUUAUGCCCCAAGAUCUGGACUUUUCCUUUUUGCCGAGAGGACACAAGAAAUUCCAUUUUUUGGGAUUUUUAUUUAGCCAACCUUCGUGCGCAUGCCGCAGCCUGCAGAAGUCCAUAGCCAGCCCACUCAACGCUCGCCUGAAAGGAUAGGAUUAAAAAUUUUUGGGGAAAUCUCAUUUCUGAUUUCCAAGGUGACCGGGACGGCACAAGACUGGUAAACCCUUUUAGGGUCCUUGGUGACUGUGUAACUAAUACGCCAGACGCCCUUUAGUAAUAACGAUAACGAUCAAUAUAAUAUUUAUUCAUCUAAAGCAUACGUAGCCGAGCUUCCCAAUUACGAAAUUUUUUGCUUACUCCUCCACUUUAAAUUCGAAAAAAAACUUUCUUUUUUACAAUUUAAAGAUUUUUUUAAAUUAAAAUUUUUAAAGGGGAUUUAGAAAAAAACAAAUACCCAUUCAUAUUUGACUUAAAAACUUGGAAAAUCAGCAAAAUAUUUCCUAAAUUUUGUGAGUGCAUUCUUUCAUUGCCCAUGUAUUAUGAAAAUUGUGUUUAUGUAUUCAGCUUGAGAGAGAGACCCUGCUUGGAAAAAUUUGAUUUAAUAAACAAUAAGAAAACAACAUUGCCCAGCCCUUUUAUAAACUAUCUGUAUACUAUAUCAUGCUGCUUAUAUAAAAAAUCAAUUUUAAUUUGUUCAGAAAAAAGCAUGAAAUUAUGCAAGUUUGACCUAUUAAUAGAAAGCUACUCAGAAAUACAAUUUAUUGAUCUUUAUCCAGUAUCAAAAAAAAUGCUAUUUACUGGAAAUAGCAGAUGUUAUAUUGCAGAUAGCAAAAAUGGAAUCUUUGAAAGUGAGAUCCAUAAUGAAUAUACUUGGAAUAAAAUCGGAUCAUUUCAAAUAGAUUUUAUUAGAAAUUGCACUAACCGUAGCCACUUAAAUUUAGUUUCUUUUUUUAUGAUGGAAUAUGAAGAUAUCAUAACAUGCCAAUUUGACUUGUGCCAUAAAAAUAUUUAUACAUCAGAAAGCCCUUACGAUUAUUUUUCAAAAUUAAAUCAAAAUAAAAAUAAUUAA